AUGUCCCUCGUGCUACCUACUUUCAACAAGACAUCAAGCGUAAGCUCGACAGCUCAGAGCACGAGCUCGUCAGCGAGCACUAAUGCGCCAUUAUCGCCGACUGUUAGCGGGACGAUCUCUUCACCGAGCUCCAUGCCAGUAUCGAUAUUGCCAGCAGAGUCGAAUCGUACAAGACAAGCAGGUGCCGUUCUUAUAAGCAUCUUGUUCAAAAGCACAAUUCCCUGGGUAUGGAUCACAUCGCAACGAGAAACCACAGCGCAAAUUUUCACCUAUAUGCCACAAAUUAUCGCGCAUGCCAUUCAGUGUGAUGCUUCGGAUGUGAGCACUGUUCAGUUAAAACGUUUUUCGCCAGCAAACUCACCAGUGGACAUUGACAUUAAUGCACAUUUUCGAACACUGUAUAUGGCGUACCUACCCAAGCCGAAAAGCAGGUUGCUAUCUAACUUGAUUCACGACGUCAAUUCGCUAUUCUAUGAUCCUGAUGGAGGCAUUGUUCCUCAACAGAUUGUACGUGAGGUGGACCCGUCUUUCAACUUGUUCGAAUUUUCCCGGAACCCAGACGAUGCUGCAACUGGCUCCAUCCCCGAAGAGACACGCGAUGCGCUCGUGGGCAGCUUUGUUGGCGUCGGUGGUGCUGUAACCUUGGGUCUACUCAUCUGGCUCGUCCAACGUCACAUAAAACAAAGAAAAGCCAACGCUGCUAGGAGGGCAUCUCGCACAGACACAAUCUUGUCGUUUGGAAAUGACUCGCCAGAUCCCUACUUAGAUGGGAUUGAGUAUGCUCAACCGCCGCAGCAGAUGCGCAGCUUCUUCGUCGGUGAUGUAUCAGGCAACCCCAGUGAUAGUGUAUUCGAGCACCAACAAGGCAUCACCGGUGUUCUUGAUGUGAAUCAAGCGGACAAUCCUUACCACAGUGAGCACGAUCCACAAUCUCGUGAUGUGGAUUCAAAUCGUUCAGAUCACGAUUCACACUAUGCCGGUCUGGAAAUUCCUGUGCCUACCACUAAUAAGCCUGCAUACGGCGGUGUGACAAAGCCAAAACACAUGCUUAGCAUGCCAGAGCACUCCAUGCGGAUAGAAAAUUCAAGCUACUUCCCACAUCACGAAUGA